UGAUUCUACUGCCCGGAAGAAUCGAAGUUUUAAACAGUGAUUCAGGGCUGUCGGCUGUGUUGAGGGAAGCGGGGUUAUUGGCGGUGAAAUGGUUUGUGCUGUGUCAUUCUGAAAAUGCAUAUAAAAAAAUGUUCCAUUGGUUGGUGGGAAAAGUCAGUGGAGGCUCAUUAACAUACAGUGGUCAGAUUUGCAACAGAGAAGAACACACAGCAGUGCAUCACAGGACAAACUUGACAUAGACGGCACUUCUGGGCAGGAUUUAUUGUAGCAGGUUGCUGGACAAAAGAGGCCUAACGUGUUUCGGGAUAAGAUGCAUCACAGUUGAAUAGUAGUUACUCUUCCUGCAGCUGGCUAAAAUCUACUAAUCGGAUGACAAGGGUUACUAUCAAGGCUUUUGGAACAAAGCAAUGUCCUCCAUCCCUUUAAAAAGAAGGAGGCGUGUGGGUCCUGUGCCCGAUUUGCCUUCAGACUCUGAGAGUCUCUUUCCUGAUGUCUGCCUGUUCUUUGUGGAGCGUAGAAUGGGCUCAGCACGGAGAAAAUUCCUGACGGGACUAGCGCAGAAAAAGGGGUUCCGUGUGACACCCGAAUUCAGUGACCAAGUGACGCAUGUGGUGUCGGAACAGAACUCCUGCUCUGAAGUUUUGUUAUGGAUUGAGAGGCAGAGCGGUCGACAGUUGCAGCCUGGUGGCACAGAGACUCCUUAUAUCUUGGAUAUCAGCUGGUUCACAGAGAGCAUGAGCUUAGGCAAACCUCUGAAAGUGGAGCCCAGACACUGCUUGGGGGAUUCUAGCUCAUCGGUUUCCAGUGACAAAGCCACACAGGAGACCCCCUCUUAUGCCUGCCAGCGCCGGACACCCCUACAUCACCAUAACAAGGAGAUUGUGGAUGCUCUCCAGAUCCUCGCACUGUCUGCUUCCUUCCAGGGCUCAGAGGCCCGCUAUCUUGGCUUCACUAGAGCAGCUUCUGUGCUGAAAUGUUUGCCUUUUACACUGCAGUCAGCAGAGGAGGUUAAGGAUCUGCAAUUUUGUGGGGGUCACAGCAAAACAGUUAUCCAGGAAAUCCUGGAAGAUAGAGUGUGCAGAGAAGUUGAGAUGGUGAAGAACAGUGAGCACUACCAGAGUAUGAAGGUGGGUUUUAAGGUGCUCACAGGUAUUUUUGGUGUUGGGAUACGCACCGCAGACAAAUGGUAUCGGGAUGGAAUACGAAGCUUGAGCGAUUUGAAUGAAAUUGAAGGGAAACUGACUGGAGAACAGAAAGCUGGACUGCUACACUACACAGAUCUACAACAACCAGUGACAAGAGAUGAAGCAGAGAGGGUGGAGCAGCUUGUCAAAGGAGCACUGCAGAGCUUUGUCCCUGAUGUCCAGGUCACAAUGACAGGCGGGUUCCGCAGGGGGAAGCAGGAGGGACAUGAUGUUGAUUUCCUCAUUACACAUCCCAAUGAAGAAGCAUUGAAUGGGCUGUUGAGAAAAGCUGUGGCAUGGCUUGACAGCAAGGGUUCCAUUUUGUACCACCAUAUAAAAGGGCGGUCUCAUAAUUUUGCGAGAUCCAGCACAAUGGAUGGCCACGAGACUUGUUAUGCUAUUUUCGCUCUUCCAAACGCUUGUCCCGAGAAAAGUCCUGAUGCAGGAACGAUUCAGCCAGAUCUGGAUAAAUCGCCGCCGCGCAAUUGGAAAGCCGUCCGAGUGGAUUUGGUCGUUGCUCCCUACUCCGAGUAUUCUUAUGCCCUCCUAGGCUGGACUGGGUCAAAGUUCUUUUAUCCCCUCCUGCAGCACUUUGAGAGAGAGUUGAGGCGCUUCUCACUUCAAGUCAAGAAAAUGUCCCUAAACAGCCAUGGACUCUUUGACAUUGAGAAGAAAUGCCACUAUCCCGCUACAUCUGAAGAGGAGAUAUUUGCACAUCUUGGCCUGCUGUAUCUGACACCCUCAGAGAGAAACGCCUAAAUGUAGGACAGUAGGAAUUUCAGGGCUAGGUCCAUUUGGCCAUACAGCUGCUCGUAAACAUCGAUGUAUGUAAAGGCACCACCAGCCAACAAUGCAGAUUUACUGUAUAUGUUGAAGAGCAUCAAACCUCAGCAGUAAGAUAUUCCAGGAUGGCAGCACUGUAAACGGCUGCAGUAGCACCAACUCUUCCAUGGCUUGUGGUACGGGUCUUCAAGUGUCUGUGGAUACGGCCGACAGGGAACUAAGAGGUACAAAGGAGAAUAACAAUGUAACUUAAGCUCAAACUACAGUGGUUCCUCCUCACUGACCACAUACAUGACAAAUGUAAAUAACCCACCUGCAGUCCUGCUCUUUGGGAGCGAGAUACUGCCUUCGCCUUAGCUUUUCCACUGUCCUUCCCAGCCUUUCCACCAGCCUAGAAAAAAAAUAGACUGUUAAAGGAUAAGUAAACCUUAAAAAAAAAGUGAAUGUAAAAUUGAUGAGGGUGCUAUUCUAAGCACUUUUGCAAUGUACAUUCAUUUUUUUUUUUUUGCAUUCCAAGAUAUUAAAGGAUACAUGCACUAUUAAUAUGAAAUUGUGUCAACAGUGGCACCUGCUGAUCAGUUUCUGACCAGUCUGACCGCCAAAUAGUCAAGGAAGUUGUCGGGAGACUGCUCUUCUGCUUAGGGGAAAUUUAGAAAUCUUUCGCAAACCUUUCCUCGUAACCUGACUUAUGAUGUGGCCAUACUGGCUUUAUGUGCAAUAUAAGAUCACAUAACUGACUAAGUCAGCUUUCCCUUAUGUGACCUUAACUGAUGUAGUUUGCUCUGAUUAGUAGAAACAAAGUAAUAGUGCCUCUGUUGUUUGUGGCUGUAGUACAUGGCCACAUUAAAGUAUGUUAACAACUUAAAGGUUAUACAGCCCCUUUAAAUACCAUGUUUCUUGAAAAUAAGAUGCGUUUAAAGGAGGCGUAUACCUUUUGUGGAAGACAGUUUAAAUCUUACUGCAGAUAAAGUAUGAAACAGCAUUAGUUUAUUAAUCAGGCCAAGUGUUGUUACUGGCAGCUGAAUCGUGAGCCUGUUGGUCUACAUAUAGGCCCCCCCCAUUGAAUUAAUCAGGAGAGUUAAAAAAUAAAAGGGUGAUGACCACAUUUGUGGUAGGGAAAAGAUUUUCAUACAGAUUUUCUGCAGCUUACAUGUUGCACAGCAAAUUGUAUUGUUUUGAUAGCGGCAGAGAUUAUAAAUAUUUAGCACACUUCGUUUUUCAUUAAAAAAAAAAUACUUGGUGUUGGCAAAAUGA